AUCUCUGGGCCCCAAGAGCCAUGGCCUGUGUCAUUCUCUUAAAGUUCCUCCUGCUUCUGGCCCUCGAAGCCACCUUGCAAAGCCACCACCUUGGCCCCACCUCUCACCUGCGCUAUUCCAGGUUUCUAGAUCCUUCCAGCGUCCUUUUCUUGCGCUGGGACUUUGACCUCGAUGCUGAGGUCAUCGUUUUUGAGCUCCAGGUGCGAACAGCUGGCUGGGUUGGUGUGGGCAUCACAAAUCGCUACACGACUGUGGGAGGUGAUCUGGUCGUCGGAGGGGUCCUGCCUGACGGCAAUGUUUAUUUCUCGGAUCAGCACCUGCUGGAUGAAGACACGCUAGUGGAGGACGGAAGCCAGGAUGCUGAGCUGCUGGGCCUGACGGAAGACGCCGCCUACACCACCAUGCGUUUUUCCAGGCCCUUCCGCUCCUGUGAUCCUCACGACCAGGACAUUACGAGUGACACAAUGCGAGUCCUCGCUGCCUAUGGCCUGGAUGACACCCUGAAGCUUAGGCGUGAGCAGACCUUUGUCAAGUCCAUCUUCCUGCUACAAAUAUUCCACCCUGAUGAUCUGGAGUUCCCUGCAGACACCAUGAUCCAUGACUUGGAGAUCACUGAUUUCCUCAUUCCAGAGGUCGACACCACCUAUGCUUGCACCUUUCUGCCUCUUCCAAUUGUCAGCGAGAAGCAUCACAUCUUCAAGUUUGAGCCCAAGCUGCUGGAGCACAACGAGACCAUGGUGCACCACAUCCUGGUGUACGCCUGCGGCAACGCCAGCGCCCUCCCCACCGGCAUCAGCGAGUGCUACGGCUUCGACCCCGCCUUCUCCCUCUGCUCACAGAUUAUCGUGGGCUGGGCUGUCGGGGGCCUCAGUUACCAGUUUCCAGAUGAGGUGGGCAUCUCCAUUGGGACCCCCUUGGACCCUCAAUGGAUCCGACUGGAAAUUCACUACAGCAACUUCCACAACCUACCUGGUGUGUACGACUCGUCGGGGAUUCGCCUGUACUACACUGCUCAGCUGCGCGAAUACGACAUGGGUGUCCUCCAACUGGGCGUCUUGACCUUCCCCAUCCACUUCCUGCCCCCGGGCGCGGAGUCCUUCAUGUCCUACGGGCUGUGUAAGACAGAGAAGUUUGAAGAGAUGAACGGGGCUCCAGUGGCGGAUAUGAAGGUAGUAAACUACCUGCUGCACACCCACCUGGCUGGGCGGGCGCUGAAGGCUGUGCAAUACAGAAGUGGAAGACAGCUCCGAACAAUCUGUAAAGAUGAUGCCUAUGACUUCAAUCUGCAGGAAAUUCGAGAUUUACCUCAUCUUGUGGAGAUCAAGCCGGGAGAUGAACUGCUGAUCGAAUGCAACUACCAGACCCUGGAUCGGGACUCCAUGACUUUUGGAGGUACGAGCACCCUUAAUGAGAUGUGCCUUGUCUUCCUCUUCUACUACCCCCGAAAUAACAUCUCUAGCUGUCUGGGGUACCCUGACAUCACCCACGUGGUCCAGGAGCUGGGGGAAGAGGCUGCAGUAAGCCCCAUGGAGAACCUGAUGGUCAUGGACAAUGUUGAGUGGACUCCAGAGAACAUUAAGAUAGCUGAGAAGGCCUGCAAGGAGGCCCAGCAGACAGUGAUGCUGAAGACGAUCGAUGAGUUGAUAGAAAACACAACAGGCUGGAUUCCUGACAUCAUCCCUACACUACGGGGCCCCUGUUCCGAGUCCACUGGAGGCAAAGUGGAGCCCCAGGACCAGACCCCUGCAGGAUUCCGGGCUGCAGCAGGGGCCCUCUCUAGCUCCAACACUGCUGCCCUGCGGAGCAUGCCCCUGGCUGCCCUCUUGCUCCUACAGGGGACCCUCCCCUGGCUCCUUGCCGUGCUGCAGACUGCAGUCUGAUUCUGUCUCUCCUUGAUACACACCCAGAACCCUCCCUUUCUUCAAAUCUUCCUCUUCCUUCCCACACAGAAACGACUCCCUACUUUGGCCCCAACUGUGUCCCCCAUCUGAGCCCCU